UAUUGGCACGAUGUGUUAUUUUUAUUUUACUGUUUAAGUAGGCCUGUUUCUCCCUUCUUUCAGCAGAUGGCGGUAGCGGUUUUUUCCACCAGCUCCUUGAUUUACGGUAGAGAACCCAACAUGUCAGCCUCCAUGUCCAGAUUAUGUUCAGAAUUGUAAUGAAAAGAAUUAUAGACAAUUGGAAGUCCUACAGACACAGAUUCGUUCCGUGGAUUGCAUUGAAUCUUCGUAAAAAUGAGAGAACUAUUCGCCAGGUCACAGAGCGCUCAAAAGACAGGCUGGUCUCGGAUGAGGUGGUGUCAGAAACACUACUACGCCUUUUUAGGGCACUGCUCAGAAAUGACGUUGCACACCAGAGAGAGGUGUUACGUCUGCUUCCCGCCUCGACUCAAACCCGCUACCUCAGCCCAAAGACCUCUGAGGGACCAGACAUAGGAGAACCAAAAGGAGAGCAUAGGCCCAUCGAGACGAUGUUACUCACGGUUGGGUUCUGUAUUGAGCGAAAGCCUAGUUCCUUGCCGUUUGCUGGAACAGGAGUCUUUGUUACCAGGGGCUUUGUGCAUAAAGGAACAACAGUGGCCAUGUACUCAGGUACCAUCUAUCAGGCAUAUGAGCCCAUUCUCUUCCAGUCCAUUCGGAACCCUUUUGUAUUCAGAUGCAUAGAUCAUGUUUUGAUUGACGGCAAUGACAAAGGCAUCUCUAAAAUAGUGUACAGGUCGUGCAGUGGAAGAGACAGGCUUGGUCCUUUCAGUUUGAGUGACAUCACUUGGUUGACAGCCAAUACAAAAAACCCGCUAGCAGUGGGUCAAUAUGUGAACAACUGCUCAAAUGAGAGGGCUGCAAAUGUGUGCUAUCAGGAGUAUGAUGUGCCUGAAGCAUUUCCUCUAGAACUUCGCCAGUACCUUCCCAAUGUGAACUACAGACAUGACACGCAAAGGCCUUUACGAUGUGUGGUCCUUGUAGCAUUAAGAGACAUCUGUCCAGGGGAGGAACUCUUUUCUAACUACUUCACUAUCGUGCAUUAGGUCACAUUUUAAAACCGGUACUACUCUAACUUGUUCAAGAAGAAACACUUGGCUACAGUGUGUCUUAGUGCACACAACCCAGGUCUAAGAUUUUUGAACACGUAAGAUUAUGAAAAGUACUUAUUCAACUAGUCAAGUGAAAGCCCCUCUGAAGAACUGUGGCCAGAUGAUUCUGUGUAGCCUAUGAGGGAAGGACAAUGAAAGAGACUGAAGCAAGAAUGGAGAACAUGAAACUGAGAAGACCAUAUUCAUAAGAACAUUUUCCUUUAUUUCUGCAUUUGUACACAUGAUUUGUCUGGAACAAAAUAUAAAAUAUUCAACGAAAGAGUAUAUACAGUUUUAUGAACAAUAAACUUUACUUUUAAAUGAU